UAGAACAACAAACAAGACAAAGCUGUGGAGGAAAAGGAACAACAGAAAGAUAAACUUUAUAACCGACUUUCCAAGAAAAUAAAAGCAAAGCAAAAAGUGACGCAACUUUACCGUUUUCUUUCCUCUAUUCCAGAUGACCAAAAACGUGCACCCAAAGCUCAAUUUAUGUCCCCGCUAAGUAUAAAUCUAAAAGCUACUAACUAUCAUCUAAUUCACUUCAUAAAUAAAAAUAAAACCUAUGUCCGAAUCUCAUCCAACAAUAGCAGAGCUCAAGCAAAACUUGGCAUUCUAAUUAUUUUUUCAACAUUCUUGAAAGUAUCUGUUUUCAUGCUCCUGAAGCCAAGCUCACUUUCUCUAAAGCUCCAAGAACCAUUCUCUUCUUUUCUUAAAUACAAACAUACCUACUAAACCAUUGUUCUCCAACACAUUCAAAAGCCAAUAAAAACUCACCUCAAUAAUUUUUUUCUCAAACAAAACCACAGGUCCACAACCAACACCAACACACCUUCUCAGGCAAAAUUUCCUCUACUUUUCACGUCGUCCUUCAAUUUGUAGCUAAUUCUCUCCCAUUCACAAGUCAUUUUCUCUGCAUAUGCUAAAAUCCCUUUCCAUAUUUUCACACUUCAAAAGACAAUCAAAUGCCUGGCGAGGCGUCAAAUUCGGAAACUGAAUCCACCAUCCGCCUCCAAAUUUCCGACCUCAAAACCAAACUCGAUGGCACCCGCAGCAUCAACAGCAGCCCUACCAUUUUCGAGCCCCAAACCUCUGCCAUUGACGCGAAACCCAGCAGCACUCUAGACGAGACGCCUGUCCUAAGGCCACCCAUAAAAGCCCCCGAAAAAAAACUAACCCUUUUCGCCCUCCGCCUCGCCAUUCUCGAAAAAUCAGCUUCCGGGAUAGGCACCCUCGGAUUCAUAUGGGCCACGGUUGUCCUACUUGGCGGUUUCGCCAUAACGCUCUCGAAAACCGACUUCUGGUUCAUAACCGUCAUCCUCCUAAUCGAGGGUACCCGGAUUUUCAGUCGUAGCCAUGAGCUCGAGUGGCAGCAUCAGGCCACCUGGUCAAUAACCGAUGUUGGUAUCAAUAGCUUCCGGGCACUCAAAACCAGCUCCAAUUUCAUAGUUACAAAGGUUAAAUCCGUUUUCAAGACAAAAAACGGCAGUAGAAAGAUCUCAAGGGCGGGAAACUUUUCCAGCCGAAAAAAGUGGGACGAGCGAAGAACACCCACGAGGAUUUGGACGAGCUCCGAGGUCCCUCUCUUGCCUUACGCAAAAUGGGUCUUUAUUUCGAAAAACGUGAGCAAGCUUCUAUACUGGCUCCAACUAGCAUCGGCCACGGCUUGCGUGGUUUUAUCCCUAAUAAAGCUUGUUAGGCGAGAUUUUGGGGAGGUGGAAAAGGGAGACACAGACAAAAGGAACAGGAAAUCAGCCCUCUUCAUAUUCUACUCGCUGGCCCUGGCCGAGGCACUGCUUUUCCUCUUAGAGAAGGCUUAUUGGGAGUGGAAGGUGAGUUCCGAGAAACUUCUCGAGUCUGUCAGCAGAGACUGUGAACUGGGGGAGUCUGGCUUGAUUUCCAUACGAAGGUUCUUUUACGAUGCCUACUCGAAAUGCGUGAACGGGAGCAUAUUCGAUGGCCUGAAGAUGGAUAUGGUCCAAUUCGGGAUGGAACUCCUGGGUUCGGGCUCACCCGACGAGCAGCUGAUUGGGGCCCGCAUUCUGAGGCAGUUCUCGGGAAGCCCGAGGUUCUCGGAUGACACCCUUCAGAAGAUUGGGAUCAGCUUGCCUGUUAUGGAGCGGCUGGUCGAGAUGCUCAACUGGAAUGACCCCCAAGAAAAGGAGAUCCGGUACUCGGCCGCCGAGAUUCUGUCCAGACUGGCCGGGAAAACUCAGAAUUCGUCCCGCAUAGCUGGGAUCCCGGGGGCACUAGAGUCGAUUUCGUCCCUGCUUCACGAUGGCCGGGCUCACAGCGGCGCUUGCGACCAUAUAUCGGAUAAGAAGACAAUUGUAGACAACGAAAACUAUGGUUCGUGGGCUUUCAACCACAUCGGGCUUCAGAUCCUGAAGAAAUUGGCCCGCGACCACGACAUUUGCGGGAAAAUCGGGAACACGAAAGGCCUAUUGCCGAAAAUAGUCGAUUUCACGCACGCGGACGAGAGAUUGCUGACUCACCCGACGGCGGCGCCGUCUCAGGUGGCUACCGUCAAACGGUCGCUGCAGGUUCUGAGGAUGCUGGCGGGCACCGCGGGCCACGCGGGCAAGCAGCUGAGGAAGGAGAUAUCGGAGAUAGUUUUCACGGUGGGAAACAUUAGGGAUAUAUUGAAGUACGGCGGGAAGCAGCCGGAGCUACAGAUGCUGGGGAUCGAGAUCCUGACGAGCCUGGCCAUUGAGGAGGAGGCAACGGAGAGGAUAGGUGGGACCGGAGGCGUGAUCAAGGUGCUGUUCGGAAUUUUCUUUGACGAUGGGAUUCCGGAGGAUUGGGGCCGGGUUCGGGCCGGCGCAGGGGAGGCUCUGGCUAUGCUGGCUUUGGAGAGUAGGAGCACUUGUGCGAGGAUGCUUAGGAUGGGGUUCAGUGAGAGGCUGAUUAGGGCUCUGAAAGUUCCAUUGCUGAGGAUUAAUGGUGCUAGGGUUUUGAGGAACUUGUGUGCCUAUGGUGGGGACGAUUGCUACCAGGAGCUCAAGGGAUUAACAGCCGCUGCACCUGUAAUUCUUGAAGUCAUAAUGAAAGAAGAGCACAAACUGCAGGAAGUAAUGAUUGGUGCAGGGGCAGGCAUUUUCAGGUUCAUGAGUCCACACAACUCGAAAAACAUGUUCAGAGAGGCAGGGCUCAGUGAAUUCGAUUUAGCUCAUCGGCUUUUUAUGAUCCUAAAGAAAUAUCGCCACCCGUCAACCAAAGUCCCGAGCAUAAGAAGGUACACUAUAGAGCUGGCAAUCUGGAUGAUGAAAAAUGACGAGACAAAUGUACGGGUUUUCAGGAGUCUGGGCAUGAAGGAAGAGCUCGAGUGUGUUGUGGAGACUACAACUGAGCUGGAGAGCUUCAAUAUAUUCUCAGGGACUGUUGGGCUUUACAGGCACAAAAUGCCUAUGCAUUCACUUGUUGGAAUAGCAAUGGGGUUAUUGGAACAUGAGAGAAGUUAGGGUUGAGCCAAGAUAGAUUUUGUUAGGCAAGAAUGUUUGGGGAUUUCUUUUUUAACACAUGGAAGCAUACAAAUAGUACGGUUUUACUAUGAAACCAACAGUUAGUUCUAUAGUGGAGCCAACUUUCUAUAUACAACAAAUAAACCUA